AUGAAUGAAGCAUGGAGAGAUGAAGUGUUACUUGCAUUAAACCAUGCAUGUAGUCAAGAUCCCGGGCUUAUUAAAGAAGCGGAGAAAAAACUUAAAGCUUGGGAGACUGAAGCUGGAUUCUACAGCCUUCUUAUGGUAAGGGUACAUGCUAUGCCACAUGUGACACUGUUUUGAAGUUAAGCUUGUCUUUUAUUUUUAUAAAAUGGAGCCUAAAAAGUGCUACAUCGCUUGAAAAAUCUUUGACAAUCUUCGCUAUUUCAGCUUAAAGUACUCGCAUCAAUGUUACAUGUAGCCAUUACUGGGCGGUACAGGCGCUUAAGAAGGAUCAAGAUUCCAACUCAUCUACAUGUACAUUUAUACACACGAAUUGUAAUAUCCCCAUGGGGAUGCGUCGCAAGUGUCCAAACGAAACAUAAAAUAAACUAAAACAAAAAUGAAAUAAGUAAUAAUAAAAAACAAAGUUAAAUAGCAGCGGAUCAGCCAGAUUAAGUGAAAAAAGCAUUUGCAGCAAGCUUAAAAUUGUCAGUUGGGUCAAUUUCUAAAACAUAGGUGGUAAAGAGUUCCAAUCGUUAAUUUUCCUUGGCCAGAAACUGAAUUUGCAAGCAUCUCAUGAAGUUUGGAUGGGAGUGAAUUUAAGCAGAUGGAAAUUUCGAGUUGCAGAGCUGGACUUGUAUUGGACAUGGGAUGGAAUGGUGAUAGCAGCUCUGUUAUGUACGGCUUUGUGAAGCAGGCCCAGUCUUGUCAUUUGCCUGACCUGUGUUGCAGGGAUUGCCAAUUAAGACGGUUCAGGGCACGCAUAACACAGCCUUUCUCAUGGCUUUAUGUCCUUGUGACAAAUCGUGAGGGACAUCUCUGUACACCUUUGAGCCAGUUUAUCUGGUAUUUCCUAUACGAGUCCCAGGCAGUGCUGCCAUACAGGAGGAUAAGUCUAACUAGGGUGAAAUAUGUUUACUGAUCCUUAUCUCUCGCAGAGCAUGAAUGAAAGUCGCUAAGUUUAAUAAACCCUAGCGAGGUAUUACAGUAGCUUUGUUCUUGACAUGCAGGGUAUGUUCCUUCCAGUUCAGAGACUCAGACAGCGUAACACUUAAGUAAGGUUGGUGAUCCACUACUUCCAGGGUUUGAGUGUGAAACGCUGAGCGUCACCAACAUGCAUGUAUGAAUCUUGAGGAUAUAACACUUGAAAGGGUUGAAUUACAUUUGCCAGAUUUUAGCCCAUGACAUGAGUUUUUCCAAGUCAUGUUGGACUGUAAGAAGAUCCAAAGCAUUGUGGAUGACACUGUAUAAGAGGCUGUUACCUGCAAAUAAUUUCAGUUGUGAUGAUAUAUCAUUAUCCAUGUCAUUAAUGUACAGUAGAAUACAAAGUGGGACCAAGACUGUCCCUUGAGGGACACCAGAUUUUACCACUGAUAUUUCACUUAGAACCCCUUCACUGGCCACCUGUGGAGUCUGGUUUACCUGCCAUUUUCCAAUCCAAGCCAGGGCCUGGCCCCAGAUACCACAAUGAUAGAGUUUUAGAGGCAAUCACUUGUGAGUGACGGUGUCAAAAGCUUUGGAAAAGACUGAUAUUAGUAGGCUAGUCUGAUAUUGAUGGUCAAUUGAUUGCGCCAGGUGCUCAAUGGUUUGGGUCUCGCAUGAUUGGUUUUGCCUGAAGCUGUGUUGGUAAUCAACAAGAAUGUUAUGAUCUUCAAGGUGUGACAUUAUAUGUCUGAAUAUGAUAUGUUCCAAGAUCUUACACGGGAGGAUGUUAUUGAGACUGGGUGAUAAUUAGCUGGAUCGGUUCUAGAUCCAUUAAAAUUAUGAAGUUCUCCUUGUACCCAUCCAUGACAGUCCAUGACCUUGGACAGAACCCUACCAUAUAUUUCUUAUGCCCCUAAAGUCAAUAUGAGCAAUAAAACAAGCUCACGAAAGAAGGUGAUUAGAGCAGAUGGUUAGUGUACAUGUACAACCUUCUACAUGGGAGGUUCCUAUAGUUGAUUCCCAUGGUAACCUCAUGUAUCCUUGUUUCAACUUCUUCCCUUUCUGUUUAGGUUUAAGUAGUUUUAAGUACCUGUAAAACAGAUCCCUGAUGGAAAGAGGGGGGGUAAAACAAAUGGGCGCGCUGUCGGCCUCAUGUUUAUCAAUGUAAGCAGUACUGUUACAAGUUACCAAUUCCAAUGUAAAAUAAGGACAAUUACCUUUUUAAGUGAAAUGAUAGUGAGACAGGGCCCAUGUUUUUUGUACUUUAAUAUCUCAGAGAGCUAGAAGCGUAAGAUCGAAUUAUUUGCAGGUGUGGAAUCAAGCAUAAAAACAAACAUGACACGCGAGUUGUGUGGAUGUCAGUACAUUUUGCAUGUAACUCUUGGCUUGGGGCUGUGCCUCUUGGUGCUCACGUAUUGCACUUGCUUUUUUGCAUCAUUUCACAGAUUUUAUGGAGCAAAGAGAAACUGCUUGCAGGGUAAAUUCCCCUCAGCUGAUAGUAACUGUACAUUACUAUACAGCCUAUCCUAUAACAUGGUUGAGUUCUGUAGAGCUCUUGUGGGUAGAUCCUUCACAAAAAAUGGGCAAAAGUUAGUAAAUGCUUAAUCAACCCCUGGUAACAAUAUGAAUACAGCCUGUAUUACAUUUGGCUAAUAACAAAAGUAGACAUUUGAAGGAGGUUUGACAACAGCAUGCCUGUUCCUUGCAGUUUGUUUUUAAAAAUGAAUCACUUGAUGUCAAAGUUCGCUGGAUGGCAAUUCUGUGCAUCAAAAAUGGUGUUGAUCGUUAUUGGAGAAAAACAGCUCCCCAGUAAGUACUUGUUUUAGGAGAUGAGUUGUUAAUUUGACAUACUAUUUAUUGAGAUUGAGUAUGUUAAAUUUUGAGAAUUGCUGUCAUGUUAAUCAUCUUCAGGGUCAGAUCUAGGACAAAAUAAGGGCCAUUUUCCUAAACGAGUGCCAAAGUGGAUACCAUUUUUGACAGCUGUCAAUUGACCAUAACAUGGAUGUCCACCAUCAAGUUAAACACAGAUUGUAUAUGCCUUGGACACCUAGCUAGUAAAGCCUGGUAAUUACAAGAAAACAGCCAAUCAGAGCAUGUGUACUUAAUUGCAGCCAUAUAAUUAUAAACUGUCACAAUGUUUUAAAUCUCAGUCCUCUGAUUUUGAUUUUUAUCAAUCUAACAUUAUUUAUUUUCAGUGCUAUUUCAGAGGAAGAAAAGAGUUAUAUGAAACAAAAUCUAAUUUUGUCAUUUGAUGAACCUGUUAAUCAGGUAAAUAUUUUGGCACAGUAAAGUUUUCUCUUCAUUUUUAAUUGAAAUUUGACUUUGUGUUUAUCCUCAUAUGAUUGCACCAGAAAAAGGCGCAUUUUACUUUUGUCAAACUGCAAACACUGGUAGAUUUCAGAGCUUCUUUGUGGCGAGCUGGUUUUCACAAAAUGGCUUUAGUAGUUUCAAUCAGUAUCUUUUUUGUGACAAUUAUGUUAUUUGUUAUUAUGAGGUGUCAAUUUUAUUUUCAGGUAGCAACUCAGGUAGCUGUGCUGAUUUCUAAAAUAGCACGGAUGGAACUCAGAGAAUGGCCAGAACUUUUACCAACCCUGUUAAAGGUUUGUUUAUAUUUGUAUGCGCGUAGACAGAGUAAACCAGAUACGUUACAUAUAGUUAAAGCUUUUACAGUCCUCUAUUUUCUUAUAUAAACUUUUAUUUCUUCAAAUUGUGCGAAAUAAUGAUAGUGUCAAAGAAGAGUACAAGGGGUGGGGUCAGGAUGCGUAAAUAAGUUUGCAUCAAGAAAAUAACAAGGCUGUGUUGAUUGUAUAAUGUCAAGUCUGUUAUCUUUCACUGAUCUUUGUAAAACUGUUUAAUUUUGUAUCUGUGAUCUUCCACAGGAGGUUCAGAGUGAAGAUGCAUUGCAUCAACAGCGCACAUUGUUGGUGUUUAAUCAUGUGAUUAAAAUGUUGGCAUCCAAGAGGUUAAUGAGUGAUCAGCGACUGUUUAGACAGGUGCUGUUACCUAGAUUAAUUGUGUAGAGCAAGGUGCAAUGUUGCAGAAAAUUUAUUACUUACUGUUGCCUUUUGAAAUAAAGAAAAGAAAAUUACCCUCUGUUAUCAUCCAGUGAGAUGCAAAUAGUAAUUUUCUGUAGUCCCAAACCUGGCAAUAUUUUAUUUGCGUAUUCAAACUUAUAAGGAAACUUACCAUAAUGGAAAAGAACUGGGUGGCUAGACUACUAUUAAAAUACUUGUACAAAGGGGAAAAUAAAAGAAAUGGAAGAAACUCUUUUGAAUUUAAUCCAUUUAUUUUGCAAUUAUUUUGCAGCUUUACAGAUUUAACAUGGGUUAACUUGGGACUUUUUUGCCUUUACAUGGUACAAUCAAAUUAAAUAAAACUCAAUUCAAAUUAAUCAACUGAAAAAAAUUUUUUUUCUAGAUUACAGCUGAUAUUUUUGGCUUUAUUCUGCAAUUAUGGCAAAACAGUACAUCUACCCUUGUGGAAUUGUAUCAGAUGAAGGUAGUUAAUGACUAUAUUGUUUAAUAAUAAUAAUAUAGACAGUGUAUGAUCAAACUAAUGAAUCAAAUUAAUGGUAUAUAUUCAGUAGUGACUAGAAUGGGUACCCCAAACUCAUGUCACUGGACCCCUUAUUAUUAUUUAACGCCUGCGUCGCAAGUGGAGGUUGGGUGCCCAUGGGCCAGGGGGCUGCAACCGCAAUACACCCCAAGGCAGAAGAACACCCACAGGCCUACCAACCCGCAACCCAACCACGAGCCCCCCCGGGCCCAGCCCCCCACUAUAGCACCUGUCACCCUGAGGCCAGAUGCCCAGUGGAAGUAAAAUGAACCAGCCCCUGAAAGAAUAAAUAACUUAAUAAAUAAAUAAGACAGAAAGCGGAGGGAGGGAGGGGAACCAAGAGAAAUGCUACGCUACUGGAACGCCACGCCACGCCAAGAAAGCUUUGAGUACAAUGCAAACACAACGUAGGCACGUGGCCUCCGCAUGCGCCAAAGCGACAUACCGCUGGACAGGAAACUGCCCCCAUGCUCACGAACAAUGGUAAAUGCUACAAACGCAAACAUAGUCACCCACAACGCUACGGACGACCAAUGCGCUACCAAAGAAUGUCCAAAACACCCAGGACCAUAGCUCCUAGUCGUUAACUACAUUAAAUAUUAUUUAAUAGUAUUAUGCAAUACAAUAGUCCUGCUGGAGAAAAAAGUGAAAAUUAAAGAGAGCUUGUUAUGUGCUAGUAAGAGAGUAGAGAAUGGGUAUUUCAGCACUUGAUAGCAAUAAUUAGGGCUAUUAGUACUGUAUGAACUUAGAUGGUCAGCUUUCAAAUAAUGUAAUGAGCAACGCCAUGUAAAUUAAGUAUGUUGAAAGUAACCUAUAAAUGUCAGUGCGAAGUUAGCGCUUGAUGGUGUCAUGUAUUUUAAGCGCCAAUGACAACCUGAAUUAUAUAUAUUUGGGGUAUUCAUGAUUCUGACUAGUCACAACCAGGCUGGCUGGGUAUAAUUAUAAAGGAAAUCUGUUGAUUUUUCCUUAACCUUCAAAUUGCCACAACUUUUGUACCUCAUAUUAACUAAUGCCACGGUCCAUAUUUUUCAAAAAUGAUUUUCAAUAAUAAUAACAUUAUGCUUCUUAUUUGGGGCCUUAAGUUUGUCCGAGUCAACAUUAAGGGACACCAUAGUGCCAUCAAGCUAUAAUGCCUAUUUGAACCAUAGACAUACUCAUGUAGUAUGUUGACGACGUUACCUUAUUCUUUUUUUAAGGACAUGAGAGUCUUGGCUUCCCUGGAGCUCAGCACCUUGACACUUAAGGGUAAAUAAUUUAAUUGCAGACCCUGUACACUUUCACCAGAUGGAGUAAUAAUGUUAUUAAUUUUCUGGUAUUUCAUUGUUAUGAUGACCUGUCUGCAGCUAAAUAUUUGCUAAAUUUGUUCAUGUCCAUUUAUUAUCAGAUUAAGAAAGUUCCUGUUUCCAACCUUUAGGCAUAUGAUCAUUAAAUAAAAUGAACUUUUUAACUAUGGUAUUCCAGGUCUUUUUUGAUCAAAAUUUGGUUUGAUUAUAACAGUACUUACAGUUAUCAAAAUGCUGUCAUAAUUAGCAUUAGUUCUUUGAAAAUUGUGGUAAUCUAUACAUGCACACAAAAGAUGCAAGUACAAAGAAAACACUGUGUAAUUUUUUGCUAAAUAAAUCAAGAAUUAAUGAGGCUCUUUCACAAAUACUAAUGUAAGCCAAGGUUCCCAAUUAAUAAUAUUUUUGUCCUUUGAGCUAAUAUGGAUAGAGAAGUGUGGCAAAAUUUCUCAGCUUCCACCCCCAAAAAUUUUCAUAUAUUUCAACAUCUAUCAUUAGUUUUUUUAUACCACUAUUGUAGGGUUUCUUCAAACAUUGUUGUAUCGAGCAUUGUUCCGUGGCUAAAACAGAAAUAUGGGCUCUUGUUUUCUUCUCAUUCAACCAGAUACAAAUUUUUGCAUGUUUUUGGUCUUGCAGUUUUAAGGAAGCUGGUAGUUUAUGGAUUCAAGGAGUUUGAUCCUUCAUCUCAACCAGUGGUACGAUAUUUUUAGACACAAACAAAACACAAGAACUUUUAAUUCAAAAACUCGUUAAUAAUUCAUAAAGAAAAAAAAAGAAAUGUUAUUAAUGUUUAAUGAUUGUCUUUGUAUCUGAUAAAGACACGACUAAACUUUACGUCCAAUUUUUUUGACUGAAAUAACCCUAUAUUAGAGAUUUUGAAGCCAUUCAAAAAACUUGCAACCGUGUAUUAUCGGGUUUAAAAACUUUCAGCUUCGCCUCGAGUUUUUAAACCUGAUGAUACACUCCUGCUCAUUUUUUAAACAGUACUUAACAUAAUUUUAUCGGUAAUUUCAAUGUCAUUUUUGUCCACAGUUUCUCCUUCAAGCAAUCCUUGAUAAAAUAAAGAUCAUUUUACAGUAUCGUAAGUGGUUUCAUCAGUUGUUGAGUUCAGAUAAGAGAAAAAUGAAUCAUUCCUCAUUCAUUCCUCAUGCUUUCUUCAACAAUGGAUUUCUUUAACUUUCAUGAAAUGUGGUUAUCAACUUAUGUAGUUUGAACUGAAUUUUUUUCUCACAACAGGAAAAGAUGAAUCAGGAAAUCAUAGUCUACAAGAAAAAUUAGAGAAAUAUUUGAUAUUGAUGACAAAAGUGGUAAGUAGCAUUGGUGGUAUAAUAAAAUUUUGGAAAUUUAGGAAGAAGCAAACUAAGAAGCAAAAACUGGGUGACAAAGCCAUCAAAGUGCUGGACUCACAAUCUUAGCUCUCUAAACCUAACUUUAAAUUUUGGGUAGUCUGCUAACUGGAUUUGUUUUUGGGUUGUCCUGAGUUUAAAUCCUCGACCACGCUUGAAUUAGCCAAUUGCUUCGCCUACACCUGCAGUUGCGAUUCUUAAUCUUUUUCUGUUUCUUUCUGUUAUUAAUACUGCCAGGGGUAAUUAAAGGGAAUUUAGUUAAUCCCAAUAUGUUUUUCCAUGCUUGUUUUUUGCUUCUAUGGGCAUCAGAAGGGGGGACAUGAGUGUCAGACAGUUGAAUCUGUAUAAGGUUUUGGCAAACCACCCACCCACCCACCUGUCGCUUAAUUCAACAUUUUUCCCUUAGUGAGAAGUCAGUGUUUACAUUAGCGAAGAGGUAAGUGGGCAGUUUGCCACAAUCUUAUACACAUACUUAUCCAGUCGAGGAAGUCAGUCAUAAGUUUAACCCAUGCUUCUUCCAGUCUUUCUUUUGUCAACAAAUCUGCAUCAUGAGGCAAGAUUACUUGUGAAUUAAAUUAUUGGCACAAUUAUUUUUCCCAGUUGUUCAUUUACAUUUACAUCGAAGUGUGUCUGAGAACAAAUCAAAAGCCGCAUCAAAAAUCUUAGCUUUAAACCCACCCUCAGGCAACUCUUAUAAAUUAUGUUUCAGUUAAUUGAUACUCAAGAGCACCAUUCACUGUCUUAUUUACCGCUGCUUCAACACACUCUACAGCUGUGCUACACAUAUUUAUUCACCAGUCAAGGACAAGGUACAGACUGUGUACAUUUUAUGGUUUAUUCCUGCCACCUGUAGCCAAAGACAAACAUGUCAUGCAUAAUUAUAUAAUAUAAAGUCAACUCUUUUUAAUAUGGACACCUUUUGGACCAGCCCUAUAGUACGUGUAUGUGUCCAUUGUAAUAUAAAGUCAACUAAAUGGAGUAGUGAAAGGUAGGGAUCAAUUUCAGAUGUCCAUGCAUUUUAGUGAGGUGUCCAUGUCCGUUAAGAGAAAGUUGACGUACUAUACAACUAAAAUUUUCACACAUUAUUAUGCUACUGCUUCGUCAUAUAAUAAGCCUAUAAUAGUUGAUGAAACGUGCACAAGUCAGUUUUAAAAACUUUGUUCUAAUACUGCUUAUUGGUUUAGUUGUACAAUUCAAUCAACAUUUUUUCGUUGAUUGCCUAGUGAGUACAUGUUACUCAUUACAGUCAUUGAUCAUCAACCUAUUGUAAGCGGGGCGGGUGUGGCAAGAAGUGACAAAUAUGGGAGUUGAUAUAACCUUUCCCUCCUCUUCUAAAACUAUCAUAAGGUUUGUGCAAUGACAUGGGUGCAAUGGAGAAUUUAUUUAUUAAUUCAAUUUUUUAAUUUUAAUUUAAUUUUCUUUUUUAGAAGAUAUUUUCCAAAACUUCGCAUUGCAGUGCUGUAAACUUAUGAAAGUGAUUGUCAAGUGUGACAAGUACAAACCCCCAAGAGAAAUCAAAGGUAAGGGCUGUUUCAUGCUACAGUCACUAAAAAAAGCUCAGUGAUUGUAGCCUGAUCAAAUGACUCUUUGGUGACAGCACAUCGUAGCAAUCUCAGUAAUAGUUCCUAGGACUAUUGCUGAGGUAUACUUUGGUUCUUUUUUAAGGCUAGUUUGCUUACGAUUGCUAUGAUCAUUCAGACUGCUCCAGACUAUUUUCAAAAAGAUGACAGUGACAGACACAAAAAGAAGCAAACUAUUAAAAAAUUAGUACAUUUCACUUUAUUUUACCUGAAAUGCCACCAUUAUUAUUUUUCAGAUACAACUCGUCCAGAGAUUGUACAAGCACAUCAGGUCUGUUUUGGUCAAACAAUCCAGUUUCUGCAUGGCUCUUAAUUUUCGUAGGAGGAACUUUAUUUAACUAUAAGAGUCGAUUGCAAUGUUACCAAGAUGGGAUUCCUUUUUUCUGUUGUCUAGCAAUUUAAAUGUCAUACACCCAAACUGUACCUUUAUCUGUUUCCAAGACAUUUUGAUUUUGCUUCCCAUUGUUUUCUGUAGAUCAAGAUGUCCUUCUUUACACCAACAAUUUUAUCAGAGAUUAUUAAACAACUUGUUCUUCACUAUUUCCCUUUAACAUCAGAGGUAAGUAUGGAAUUUCUGUCUGUUUACAGAGGCUUAUUCAAACUUUAUGAAUUCAUGCAAAAUUCUUUGAAAUGUACAGAUGCAUGUGUACUUGUGUGUGUACUUGUACUUGUCAUUGUAAUUAUGUCAUCUGAUGCUAACUCUGCUUCAUAAUAUAUAGACAAAUGCAAGCUGCCUGUCUUGGACUCCCACGUCCCCUCCCUUGCAGAGUCUUGCACCCCCCUCCCCGAAAGUCUGUACGGACCUAUGGAUGGGAUACGCUGACAUCAUAACCAAAUUUUCUGGCAUCGAUAGGUUUCCAAUUUCUGUAGCAGUGGUGGCUAUGCUAUAAGGCAAAACUUAACUUUAAACUUCAUACAGGUCUAUUGUAAACCCUGUGGUAUUUUGGAUGAUAUACUGUAAAGAUGGUAUUAAAAUGGUAUGAUAAAAUGUAAUUAUUCUAUUGUAUUUAUCCCUCAACAUCCUAGGAUUUAGAAAGUUGGGAAUCAGAGCCUGAGAAUUUUGGUAAGUUUAUGCAUCAUCACCAAUAAUUAUCAUUAUCGCAAGGCUGGGGGACAAACGAUCACAAGCUUCCAAAAACUGUUGGGAUCUUUAGCAAGCAAAACAAGUUGGCUUAUCCGUAAUGAUCAUUUAGAUUCUGGCAGUUCUACCUCAGGGUUAUUUUAAACAGAAAUAAUUAGUACCGUGGAGAAUAGGCCCUUUCAAACUACCCUACAAGGCUAUUUGAGACUGUUGUAUAUUCUAUGAUAAAUACUGUACUACAAAUUUACUACUACUUCAAAAACAUGAUCAGGUAGUCAUGAAAAAUAAUAUUAAAGGCCUGAUAUGCCUAUUUAUCAACCACUUUUUUAUCUUUUCAUAGUUACUGAGGAAGCUGGUGAAUCAUGGAGGUAUAAUCUGAGGGUAUGCAAUUUCUUUUUCACCUCACUCACUUGUUAUAGGUAUCUAAACUCUCAUUAUUUAUAGUCUUUAUAUAGCAAGUCAUCAAAUGCGGACACUUAAUUCUGAUAGCAUGGUGUUCAGAAACUUAAGCAGUCAUAACUAUUGUGCUCUUGACUAAAACUGCAUAGACUGAAGUGUACAAUUGCUCUUGAUUUAGUCACUGAUGUAACAAUUUACCCUUUUGUUUGGGCCUGUAUGGAAGUUUUAUUUCUAAGUUUAUUGAUUGAGUUCCGCAGCACAGUAACCCCAGUUGUCACUGAAAGAUUACUAAGAGUGUACGCUUUUGUUUAGUACUGUACAGAGGUCUUAUUUCUAAGUCUACUGAGUGAGUUCCGCAGCACAGUAACCCCAGUUGUCACUGAAAUGAUUACGUUAGUUCAAGGUAGGCCAAUGAUGGAUAUUAAUUUUAAUAUUUAUAUAACGAUUGUGGUCCUGAAGCGUUCACAUUUUGGAAUAGAAUUUGUGUAGUUCCAUGUUGUCACAUUUCGGCUGAUCUUGCGUUGUACUUGUGUUAGCUCUGUCGAAGACAAAAUAACAAUGAGGUGUUUUUCUUGACUUUCAAUUUUUUAGGAUCGCCUCCGUCGGAGGAUAUGACAGUUUUAUUGCAAAAAGAUGCUGGUAGGUUUCUGUUUCUUAGCUUUUUAUGAAUUACUAGAAUAAAGAAUUAGCGGAAAAAGAAUGUAGUAUUAGGCGAAAAGGCGGACGAAAAAAAAACCCCAUACUAUUCAUAACCCACUUACGCAGAAAAAUCUGGAAGUUCCUGUUUGUACUCGCUGUUGUUUCUUCAUCACGUUUGUAUGUUGGAAAGCGACCUUUGUAAACUACUUCUAAAGACCAAAGAAAUCUUUUAAAUCAAGCUAACUGAUAGCAACUCUGUCAAACGGGCUAGAGAUACAUAAGUACCGAGAAACCAAGCAAAUUUGGCUGGCAAAUUGUAACGAAAAUUUUUUCUCCCUGCCUAAUAGCCUGCGAAUCAGUCGCAGGCUAUUAGGUCUGCAUUGUCGUUUUUGUCCAUGACAAGGAUUUUACAAAUAUCUAAUUCUUUUUUAUAUCCUUAGUUUACAAUGCUUGCGGACUUGCCUCAUAUGACCUCUUUGAUGAAGUAGACUUCGAUCAUUGGUUUACAAACCAGCUAAUUAGUGAAUUAAGCAACACAUCUUCUAGGUAAUUAACUUUGUUCUUUUUUUAGUAGUUUUCAUUCACCUUGAGUUAAACAAAACUGAUUGUACAAGCACUACUAAAAUUUAUGGCCAUGCCGUAACUCGAACUGAAUUAUUUUGAGAACUUUUAUAAAGUUUUGUUAAAAACCUAAUGACUUCUGAAAGCAACAAAGUGAAUAAGGGCGAAGAAUUUUUAAGCAUGUGUCUACUUUUAAUUUCGUAUAUUCUCUAGUUUAAGAAUAUUUUAAGGAUAUAGGGAUGCAAAGAAAGGAAGGCUCAGAUAAUUAGGGGGUAAAAUUGCCCUGCUCUUAAAACAUAUGCUUUAAAAAUCGAAUAAAGCGUUUCUUAUCUCUUUUUUUAAUGGACUGAGAACUCUGACAUGUUUUCUGCUUUCAACGUACAGACGUAUGCAAAGAAUUUCUCAUUGUUAUCAUCACUGAGUAGCAUCUCACCUCUUGCUAACGUUACUUUUGCGUUUUAAAAACUUCUCUCGGUAAAACUGCAAUAGGAAGCAUGCUGCCAUUGUUGAAUAAUAUAAGUCGGCUAGAAUUAUGUCACAAUUAGAACAACCCUUCGUAAAUGCAGGACAUGUUUUUUAAAUUUAAACAGCGUCUAAAGAAUUGCCCUGCGUGCAAACGUCUCCUCAGUCAGUUUUCCGCUUUGAACAAAAAAGGGGACAUAGAAGACGUUUGCACGUAGGCUACCAAGCCAAGAUACCCUUUUACAAUUUUGAUGUUUGUUUGUUUGUUUGUUUGUUUGUUUACCAGGUAUAAGGUGCUUCGAAGGCGGAUAGUAUGGAUGACAGGACAAUGGAUUAAUGUCAAGUUUGCGCGACAAACAAGGCCUUUAUUUUAUCAAGUGGUUCUUAAACUGAUGAGCGCCCAAGAGGAUUUAGUGGUAAACUUUCACAUGUCAUUUUAAAUGUACCGAUCUGAGGCGGUACUGAUCUUUUGCUAAGUUGGCCCAAUAAAUGAUUCAGUUAAUCAGUUGCUUAUGACUGUAAGGUCUUUUAGCCUGCGAGAGCAGACGCCUUUUUCGGCUCUUGUUUCACCCGAAAGGCAGCUAUUCUCGCAAGCUGAAGGUCUUUAUGAUCCCAAUAAUUUUAGUCUUUCGCAAUCUUUUGCCCUCACUAACUCAUUGAAGUUUUUUUCAUCAUUGUCUUUUUUACAGGUUCGUUUAACUGCGGCAAAUGCUCUUAAAACUGAUAUCCUUUCUAAACUGAUUCCAAUGACAUCUUUACUCUUUUUUUCCUUAUAAAUAUUCCAACUUGUUUGUAAUAGCGUCGUUUCAACCUUUUUGUCCGUCCUUUCCUUCACGUUAAUUAACCAUAGAUGACGUAGACUUCAAUCUUGAAGAUUUUUUUCAGGUAUGUUGCGUUUAGGUUAUGCUGUUUCAAAAGUACUCUUUGUGAAAAAGUUUUUGAAGAGCUGUCUUUUCAAGUUUCAAAAUGCACCAUUGACUGCCUCAAGUUAGAGUUUACAGAAAUUCUUUGAAGUGAUUUCUAAGUAGUUACCAGUCUUGUUUGGAAAAAAAGGCCUUGAGAUUUUAACAAGUGUAUUGAAAACCCGUUGAAAACGGGCCUACAAAUUACAAGGUUCCUACGUUUUACGGCUUUUUAAUCUGUUUUCUUCUCUUUUCUAACAUAUUAUGUAUUUUCAUCUUCCUAGUUUUUGGAUGAAACUUUUGGAUCUCUGUUUCAUCUUCUCAAGUGCAGCCAAGAUUGUGACACAAAGGUAACGUAAUACGAUGACCGCGGCAUAAAUAUUUUUGUGACGUAUUCUCGUCAGGCUUGUUGAAUAACAUGCAAAAUUGCAUACAAAUCUUCCAAAACAUAGCUCAUCUGUCAAGUACUGUUACAAACAAUUUUAUUAUAUUAUGAUUAAGAGAUGUUGUUGUUGUUGUUUUGUCUUUGGUUUUGUUUUGUUGUUCAGGCUCUUUCAUCCUUUUUUUCCAAUGCUUUCUUUUUCAGAUGCAUGUACUUAAUGUGUUGUCUCUACUGAUUCAAAGAAUAGGCGACAAAGUGAGUAUUACGCCUUUGUUUUUUCUUUAUCUUCCUCUUGACCUGGAAAACAAUUUAUAUAUUAAACAACUCGUGAUCUCCAAUCCUUGAACGUAUCGAUUCACUGUACGUCUUGUUAUGAGUAAUAAAUUAGAACGAUGUGAUUUUAUUGUUUUCAUCAAGGUGAAGCCAUUUGCCGCCUCACUAUCACAGUACCUCCCUGAGCUAUGGCAGGAGUCUGGUGACCACAAUAUGCUGCGAUGUGCAAUCGUUUCUACCAUGACGCACCUUGUGGAGGUUAGCAAAUUCUUUUAACUGUUAAAGGGACGUAACUGUUCCCUGUGAAAACCGGAACUACCCUCGGGAUUACUUUAUAGAUAUAUCUUUUGAGAAAGAGCUGAGUGCAUUUGCAGUAUAGCUUUGGUCCUGGGUCAAAACCCUUUCCAUGGUUGCCCUACUAAACCGUACUAAACUAUACCCCAUGAAAACCGGAAACCCUAGGAAUUACUAGAGAUGUCCUUUGAGAAAGAGCACUGCACUUCCAGUAAAAACUUGGUUCUGGGUCACCCCUUCCCCUAAUUGCCCCAGGAAAGUUGUUGGGUCUGUGUUUUCAAAUUAUUUUGGAUACUUUGUUAUUUAAGUGGGAUACAAGUUAACUUCACCGUUCUAAUUCUUUCUAUCUGUACGUUUGUUGAAAUUAAUUUGGCUUGAGUUCCAUGUGGUAAUUUUGCUUCUUUCUUUCAGGGUCUGGGUGUUUUAAGUCGUAACAUGUACUCGUUCCUUCUGCCUCUUAUUCAUCUCAGCACAGAUAUCACGCAGGUAUAUCUUGCUGCUUGGGUGUACUUAUUCUGAUUACUUUUUCCGAAACUUUGUUGGUCAGAAACUUAAAACUUACUUUAGUUUUUGAAGAAUAGUGUUGUUGUGUCAGAGAACAAUAGAGACAAAAGGUGUUUCAAUGGUACAGGUCUUUAAACUGUCUCUUGUCUUGGCCAAUGAGUCCUUAAAGCUCUCUUUACAGACACUCCUCAGCUAUAGACAGUUCUCGUGGUGCUGAAGGCACUUAAAUUUCGAUUUGAACACAGACGAAGAUAUGGCUCCGUAAAGUCGCGGAAUUUUAGAGACGUUUGUAAGGUGGGGCACGAACUUGCCCCAGUCAUGUUGACGGAUUUUAGCUAACUGGUCCCAGUCUAGAGUUGACAUUACCGUGAAAGGGUCUAGAGACCUUGGCUCUUUGUAAACUACUGCCUGGAGCUAGUAAUUAAAGAUUUUAAGUCCCUAAUGGUUUUAAUGUCAUACAAGAGCCAGAUCGGUACGGUUUCCCACCUCAAUCGAGAAAACUAGAAGGUCUUACUGAAAAGAUGGCACCUUGUAACCUUAGCCGGUUAUCUUAAAACCGUGAGAGCUGGUAAGGCUGUGAAUCGAGACCCGGGCUUACUGCUCUGAAGUCAGGUACCCAAUCAUUUGAGCUAACCAAGCAGAGGAUGCAGAUACUUGUAGAUAUUCAUAGUAAUACGGAUAUCAAGGGGAAGGACUCAUAAUUGGCAUAAAAGAGGGAGAUGUUCCCUUUGUAAAGGUUUGAGUAUUUUUCAUCAGGGUAGAUAUUAAGAAAACUCACCUUAACAGAGCGGUCUAUAAUUAAAGGGUUUGCCUUUGUUAAUACGUUUACGUUUUUAUCAUUUUUUCUUUCUUCUUUCUAUGUAUUAAUUUUUAUUCAGCCUCCCCAUGUUUAUUUGAUGGAGGAUGGACUGGACCUUUGGUAAGAACUCUUAGAACUAAAGCUCAACAUUCAAACGUCUUUUUAAAAACUGUACCUUAGUCAUUGUCACUUCAAUACAGAAGCAUCGAGUACUUGAUAGAUUUUUUGAUUCCCUAGCUUUCCUAUUGCAAUACUCUAGCUUUCUUCUUAAUUUCACUACUUAAUGUUUUUGUUACAGGUAAAAAAAUCAGGUUAAAUUUUUUUUCUACCUAGUUUCUUUGUCUCCUAGCCAUAAUUAUUCAUGGUUAGGGCUAAGAGACACAAGAAAUUGAGAAUCAACCCAGGUUAAAAAAUUUUAACCUGAAUUUAAUUUUGGCCCGUAACAUAUACAUAAGAAAUGUAAAUACAACUAACAACAUUUCUGGGCGUUUUAAGGCACAAUGUGUUGGUGAAUGCGUCCUGUAUGACUCCUGAAUUACUGCAACUGUUUGUCAACAUGCCGUCGUUGUUGGGUAUGUAAAAAAAUUCUGUAACCCACUGUGACCUUUUUUGUUCAUUUGUAAGACAGAUACAGUUAUCUACCUCAUAAAUUUCUAUUCAGUUGAAAGAAGAGUUGAUUUUGCUAACAUUGUUUAUCCUCUGGAAAGUGCAGUCCAUAUUUGAACAACUGAACCUUGUUAGUACGAGUGCAAACAACUAUUAACACUCCAUACCCAUUCUUUAUUUGCAGAGUUAGGCUCAGAGAAUCUUAGGAAGUGCUUUUCGAUCAUAGAAUCAUAUGUCCUGCUAGAUGAGAAGGAGUUUCUCCAGGUGUGUUAGCUGUAGACUUUUCUUAGGUGCCUAGAACUCUCUCAAAUUUCAUGUACUUACGUUUCUCUUAUCCUCUUCCCACCGACUUAUUGAUAACGCCCAUCGUGACUGAUGUAACAAUAGCACUCUUCAAAUAACCAUUUUCGAGUUCCACAAACCCUCACUGUCGAAACGGAGCUAAGUGUAAAUCCUUUCAUGUGAAGACGAGUUCUACUUAAAAGUGAAAAAACUAUUUUUCAUAGCGCAGAGUUCGUCAUUUCUGGGUUGAAUUAGUUGAUGUUGGUAGGUAAACAAUUUCUUGAUGUGCUGCCACCCAUUUAUUAUUUAUUAUUAUCAAUUUAUUAUUUAUUAACUAUUACUAGGCGUUUUAAAUUUCAAGGCAGUAGCGGUUUCAAAACUCUCCGUCUUAUUUUUUGCUGACCAGCAGAUACGAAGAUUUGAAAGAAAAAGCGGUGCGACAAGUGAUUUUUCCAAAGCACAAAAACUUUGUUUGAAACUCGGCCUACUUGAACUUAAUGUCGUUCUCGUAGUCCAAAAGCCCCUGAUGUGUGCAAGCUAAGAACUGACAUUCCAUGUGUGUACUUUUAUGUGUUUAAGAAUUUCAGCGCACCUGUGGUUAACGCUUGUUUAACAAUGCUUGGGAACGUUAAGCCAGAAGGUGGCAUCAUCCUUUCUCGGGUAGGAGUAAAGCCUGUUUGUUACUUUUCGGACUGAGAAGCUAUCUUAUACAGGUUUUUCCAAAUAAAUGUACUUGUGGAUCUUAUUCCCUAAUAUGGCCAGUAAAAUUAAAUGGAUCGAGUAGACGUUGUGAUCCCAGACUCGUACCCAGUCGCUAUUUAAAUGUUUUUGGGGUGAGAGAAGAUUGGGGAUUAGGUUGAGGCGCGCGUUAAAGGCGCACGCUCAGGCGCGCGCGGGGUCUCAACCUAAUCCCCAAUCUUCUCUCACCCCAAAAACACUUAAAUAGCGACUGGGUACGAGUCUGUUAUCCAUAUAUUGUUCCAGCAAUCGUUCCAGCAUUGAAUUGGAGAUUUAUAUAUAGCAGAUUGUAGCCUGUUACCUCAAUUCUCUAGCCUUCGCUUGACAUAAUUGAAUCCCUUGUCCGUUUAUAAUAUCACCUCGUCUAUUCACGCUUGCAGGUCGUUGUUGUUCAUACAAACUUGAAUGUUUCAGUCGGUAGCCUAGUAUUAAAGUAAAGCUACAAUUUGGACCAUUUUAUGCUCUAUAAAUUGGCUUUUUUUCGUUGUUGCAGGUUGUUGAAACAAUAGUAAAAGUCUCUCCUCAGAGAGGUACUGAAAUGUUUGCACCGGUCUUGCUGAAAAUAUGUCACAUGAUUCUAGAAGUAGAGGUAAUUUUACUGUCUGGAUCUUACUACGAGACUCUUUUCAAAUGUAACGUGUCUCUGUUGAUACGAUGUUUAGUUUGUUUGUUUUUUUCCAGUUCUUUUAUGAAAGAUUCGAUACCUCUAUCAAAGUAUACACAAAUGGUGUUAAAUGUUAAGUACUGUAUAUAUAGUUUUUCUUUCCUGAUCAGAAGAGACUACGAAAAAAGAAUCAAAAAUAGAUUUAUUCCAUAGUCGUUAUCACUAAAAACUAUUGUCUAUAACAAACCAUUACAUUACAAUCUCAUGGUCUGAGUUAAACGUGGAACGUUUGUCCAGUCCCAAAUUUCUGAUGUUGUCUAGUUAUUCUUUCUUGGUCCAGGACAUUGUGUAGGUACUGUAUUUACUUACAGAUCUGUUUGUAUGUAGGAAUACACUCCUCUUCUGGUCAUCUACCUGUCCAUUGUUGGAGAAAUAAUCUUGCACAAUUAUCCUGCUUUUGUUCACAUUGUUGAAAAUGUGGCACAGCAGCUGGGCAAACAGGUAGUAAUAAUAAUAAUAAUAAUAAUAAUAAUAAUAAUAAUAAUAAUAAUAAUAAUAAUAAUAAUGACUAUUACAGUAUUUCCACCGUUCGAAAGGUGGCUCUUCAUCCAUAAAAAUUGACAUUAAUAUAAGGUAAUCGGUGCGAAUAAUGAUAUCUGCACAACCUUAAGUAACAAAAUACAGGAAACAAGAAACCAAAGGUCUUGAGUCUGUAUCGUGGAGAAGAUUUUCAGUGGCAAGCUGGUGUUAAGUCCCCGUCGUAUUUGUAAUUGACUAUUACAGCUCCUUAAUGAAAAUUUGUAAAGGGCCACACAAGCUUCACUCUUGCUAGACACAGAAGAUUAUAUGGGCAACAGUUUAUUUACUACUUUGUAUAGUUACAGUCUAGCCGUCAUAUAACCUGCGACGCAGCCGAAACCAAAACUCUGGUCAUAAGUCCGUCUGCGAAACAGCGCCGAAAUCUUUGUUCUGGGUCCCCACCUGUGUACCAGGAUUUGAGUACGUGCCAUGAUUGGCCUGUCACAAAAGCCAUUGUAAAUUUUCCAAUCAAGAUGAAAGGAAACUCGAAACGCUCUUCUGGUAAUUCGUUGAGUCCUUUGGGGGCCCGGAACGAGGAUAUCGGCGCUGCUUAGCAGACUUCACUUUCUGAGGUUAAAUUACGUCUGCAAAGCAGGCUAGGCGUCAUAACCCAGUCUCCUACCCUGGCGAGGUGCUAGCUUACAAGACGUGUCAAGAUAUGAAUUAAUUUACCGAUCACCCAGGCAUGGCUCACCUAUUAAUUCACCACUCCAGAAAAUAACACAGCAUACCAUAGUACUCUUUGUUGGUCACCCCAAAAUUUUGCAUAAGCAUUGUCUUCAGUUUCUCUUUGGGCCAUUUUAACUCCCAAGAGAAACUAAAGACAAUGCUUAUGCAAACGUUUGGGGUGACUGGUCAACAAAGAGUACUAUGGUGUGCUUUGGUAUUUUCUGGAGUUGUCAAUUCCAGAUUAUUUGACCGCUUAAUGUACACGUUACUUCCCAGGUGACUGAUGUUUUAGGGCAGCUCUUGGACGUUUGGUUAGAAAAAGUAAGUACUGAUGUAACAGGUUUGAAAACUUGGUUUUACCAGGUCCUUUAAAUAUAAGGGGCGUGACAAUUUGGCUGCAUUUUACUCAAGACUAAAAUAUUUUAUAGUAUUGUUUUCAGCAAGUUUCACGUGUGACAUAAGAUUUGGCUCUUGGCGAUUAAAUGAUACUCAUACCUGGUGUCAAGGCUGGAACUGAGUAGCUUUUUGAAUUCCCCUUAGUCAUUGCUUUUUUGGGAAACUUGUUAAUUUGUAUACCACAUCCUAAGCUCUAGGUAAUCCUAUAACUCACGUUUUCAUACUCAGAUUUACAUUGUUCGUUGCGUUAAAAAGGCUCUAAAUUAUGGGCGUAAACAAUUAACGGCGGUCAUGUCAGCUUGAUCGCUUAAUUGUGACUUGUUUUUUCAGCCCAUGAAGUACUUUUUCUCCUUUCACUCUCCUCUCUAGAUGGAUAGCAUGACGCGGCUUGAACGAAGAAAACUAACAGUUCUAGCACUGAUCACCUUGUUGCCUCUGAAUGUCAAGUACGAUACAACUGUUUUUACUUAACUUCAUAAAGAUUAUUUGUUAAAUUCAGACCACGAGGAUCACUGACCAACGGACUUGCGUUUUUUCAGCAUUAUUCUCCACUCCCAUAUCGUCCCAUCUCAACCUUUGUUUGCCCCUCUAACUUUGCUUAAGCUUUGCUUUCAAUUUCUCUUUCUGAAGAGUUAGAAUAACGUAGCUUUCUGUAUGUCUUUGAAAAUAUACUGUCAAACUAGUGAAGAGAAAAGAACCUUUAAACCUUCGUGAGUAGUAUUGUAAGGAUACAAGUGGCCUUUUUUUGGAAUCAGUAAAAGUUGUUUGUUUCGUCAUUUACGCGGUUGAUUCAGCAACUGGUGACAAACUUUAAAUACCACCACUAUUUCUUGUAGCUAAAACGAAAACAAGCAAAGCUGCAAAAAGCCAAAACAACAUUAAGAGGGAAGUCCAAAUAGGUUUUAUACUAAUUUGGAUCUAAAGUCAGUUGUCAUUUAAUAAUUUUUUGUCCUGACCAAGUUAUAAAUCCUCCGCUUUUUUAUGCUCAAAUAGCAAUUGUGUCACAGACAAGUUUGCAUUGAUUGUUGAUGCUGCGGUUGAUGUUCUACACGAGAUCCACAGAGUUGAAGACAAUGGUACACAUACAGAGUAAGAAAUAAUCACUAGCGAACUAUUAAAACUCUGUUAAAUUAUAAUCUUAUCUAUAUUCUCCAGCCUCGUUCCCAGUCGUCCUCGGUGAUUUCGGAUGCAUGUCACCUGUCGAGCUUGGCGGGAAAACUCGAUAAUAAGAAUGACCGAAACCAGGCUUUAUGAGCCCGCGAGACUGAGCAUCCCACCCACCCAAACCCUUUUUUUCACUAAAACCGCUGGACGCCGUAAGGUCUUCCGGAAAAUUCGCCAAGGACGCCGUGGCGCUAUCGCGCUCGGUUCCAAGCCUCCUCUGCUCCCUCGAAUAACAAGAACUGGCCAAGAGACGAGGCUGUAUAUUCUCUCCAUAAGCAAGUUUACCUUAUCAUAAAAUUUUACUGGUGCCAAUUUGUAAUUUUCCCCCACUUGUUAUAUCUGAAUAGUGUGGAGGUUCGAGGGUGGAGCCCGUAACGGUCUUGGUUUGAGCACCAGUAGUCAGACCCACAGCCUUGGAUUUCAUUACAACUUGUUAGGUAUUUUAGUAAUGAAGAGGAUACCCAACCGUUAUCAUGAAGUGUCUGGGUUAUAACUAUCCCUGACCUUCAAAGACGUUUGAAAAUUGUAUUCCCGAUUUUACCGGCUCAGCCUUGUGGAUUUUGUUUUUGUUCGUAUAAUCAACUAUUCCCACUUUUCUGCUUUUUGAAACACUCCAUACAGCCAUAUAAGCAAACGCCAUUUGAUCACACCCUCUUCUAACAGGACACUUUAUUAUAGUCUUAAUUGAAGGAUAUCUGAUUGUGUACAUAAUUACCCUUCAUGUGGAGUGUGGUUCUGUUUCACUUAACAGUUGUUUAUUGCUCCUUGGCGGUAGCAGUGAUGAUGAAGAACACAGUGGCGAGGAAACUGAAGAACAUAAAAGGAAACGACAGGUAACAUGCAACUUAAUAAGUGAACUAGCGCGAACGGCUGCUACUGAAUAAGGUCAACGUUUGUUGGUCGAUAAGCAACAUAACGAAGCUACAGUAUCCGUAGUUAUUUGCGCGGCAGGUCUUCCAUACCACAGAGCUGUGUAAACGUUAGCCCCGGCUACUUUGGUAGAAAAAGGUUGCGAGAAAAUGAAUGAGUGAAUGAUUGUAACGAUAGAUGCCACGAGAAGUUUGAUUAUAUCCCUCAGUGGUAAUAGGCUGAUUUAGCAACAGGGCGAGAACGUCAAUUGACGACGGGAAAGCGCGCGGAAAGGACUAAACUUGACUCCUGGCGCCCAAUUUGCCACUCUGCCAUUGGUCAAGCCUGUUGUUUGAUUUGCGCGUGCCGUCAUCAACUGACGUUCCCUUUCUGUUGCUACGGGAACGAGGAUACGAAAGAGACCCAAUAAACUGAUUUUUUGUUGGUUUUUUUGUUUUUAUUUUUCAGCUGUGUUUGUCAGACCCAAUCCAUUGCUGUCCAUUGUGGAAAUUUGUCCGAGACAAGUUAAACGAGUGCCACUCGAUUUACGGACAUGAAACUUUUCAACAUCUUAUGGAAUACUUGGACUCAGCUGUGGCCGCUCAGCUUGGUUCAUUCAUCAACCGCUAA